AUAUUUUUUAAAAAUGUUAAAUUGUACAGAUUUAGCAUGUGUCCUUCAUCAUCAUCAUUUUUAUGCUCAUUUGCAUCAACUUCAUCAUUUACCAACAGAUCAUCAUGAGCAUUCACAUCAUGAAAAUUCUGAAAUUGGAAAUGGGAGUGACAUAGAAAAUGAAGAAAGUAUUACAAAUCUCAUCAACGAAGAUUCAGAACUUUCUGGACUGUCACAUGUUGAUGCACCCAAUGAUGUUAUGUACAUGGUUUGUGGUGUCGUUAUUGCCAUGCUAUUGGUCGGACUUAUUAUUAUCUUAGUUGCUGUCACAAUUAAUAAAUUACGUAAACGUGAAGAAACAUCAGCUGUUAGCCCACCAUCAUCUGGUAGACAUCAUGUUGAGGCUCAUCAUCAAACAAAUUUAAAUAAUUAUCAUAAUAAUAUUAAUAGUAAUCAUCAUAGUCAACAUCAUCAAUUAACAACAACAACAACAAUUGCAACAAUAUCAUCACAACAACAACAGCAACAACAACAAAAUCAAGUAUUAUCAAAUAAUGAAAAUGGUAUUAUACAAAAUAAUAUUGUUAGUAAGGAGCUCCCACAAGAUAGUUGGGUAUUUCCACCAUUACCACCACAACCAAAUAUUUAUUGCAUGAAUACAACGGAUGCAUUAGCUCAUUUACAAGAUAAAAGUGGUUUUAAACGUUUUCGAACACAAUUUAGUGGUCGUUUUAAACGUUUAGUUGCAAAGAAAACUCAAGAACCUCCUGCUAUUCCACCUGAAUUGAGGCCACAAUUGAAGACAAUUUAUGUGUAUUAAGAAAUCUAAAAAAACAGAAAACAAGAAAAAAUGCAAAAUAAACUAAAUUUAAAAUUAACAAAAAAACAAACACUAUAUAUAAUGUAUUUGUAAUUCAAUUAUAUAUAAUAUUUAUGCAUAUUAUAAAAUAUAAUUAAAAAUAUAUAUAUAUAUAUAAAUAAAAAAAAUAGAAACAAAAAAGUCUUAAUUUAAUAUUAUAUAAUUAUAUAAUUAAUAAAAAUUUAUAUAAAAAAUUUAAUAAGCAUAUAAAAGAUGAAAUUAUUUAUAAAAUUAAUAUUAAAUAAAAUUACAAUAUGUAUAUAUUUAUAUAUGUAUAUAUAUGAAAAACCAAUGUAUUAUUCAGCAUAUAAU